CUCCUUCGCUCAUCCUCCUGCUUCGGCAUAUCCUCUUCAUCCCACACAUCAAGAUGGCCUCUUCUGCCCGUCAGUUUGCCCGCGUGGCAACCCGCACAACCACCCGCACCUUCGCUGCCGCCCCUCGACAGGCUUUCCGCCAGCAGGGCCGCCGCUUCUACUCUUCUGAGCCCGAGAAGAAGUCAUCUUCUCUCCUGUACCUUGGUGCUGCCGCCGCCGCCGGUGGUCUCGGCAUCUGGUACUUCACCUCUGGUGCCUCUGCCUCUUCCAAGCCCUUUGUUCCCACCCAGGCCGAUUACCAGAAGGUCUAUAACGACAUCGCCGAUCGUCUCGAGGCCGACUAUGAUGAUGGCAGCUACGGCCCCGUCCUUGUCCGUCUCGCAUGGCACGCCAGCGGUACCUACGACAAGGAGACCAAGACUGGUGGCAGCAACGGUGCUACCAUGCGAUUCGCUCCCGAGAGCGGCCACGGUGCCAACGCCGGUCUGGUUGCCGCUCGUGAUUUCCUCGAGCCUAUCAAGGCCAAGUACCCCUGGAUCACUUACUCCGAUCUCUGGAUCCUCGGCGGUGUCUGCGCCAUCCAGGAGAUGCACGGCCCCAUUGUCCCUUACCGACCUGGCCGCCGUGAUGGUGAGGCUGCUGCCUGCACCCCCGAUGGCCGUCUGCCCGAUGCCAGCCAGGGCGCCAAGCACCUGCGUGACAUCUUCUACCGCAUGGGCUUCAACGACCAGGAGAUUGUCGCCCUCAGCGGUGGCCACGCCAUUGGCCGAUGCCACUCCAACCGAUCUGGCUAUGAGGGCCCUUGGACCUUCUCCCCUACCAUGCUGACCAACGACUUCUACAAGCUCCUGUUGGACGAGAAGUGGCAGUACAAGAAGUGGGACGGCCCCAAGCAGCUCGAGGACAAGACCACCAAGACCCUCAUGAUGCUCCCCACCGACCACGUCCUGACCACCGACAAGGCCUUCCGACCUUGGGUUGAGAAGUAUGCUGCCGACAACGACCUGUUCUUCAAGGACUUCUCCGCCGUCGUUCUCCGCCUGUUUGAGCUCGGUGUUCCCUUUGCUGAGGGCAGCGAGAACAGCCGAUGGACCUUCAAGCCCACCCACGAGUAAACUCCUAGAUUCACAUGGAUGGUGAAGAAGGAGGUGAUGUGUAGGAUGGUGUAUAGAGGACUCGCGUUGUCAAUAGGGAGCGAGAUUGAUAGACUUCUGAACAGUUUUUAGACAUGUAGAGCCCUCACACGGUAUGAGACCGUUUUGUCGGCCAGGGUUCACAAAAAAUUAGUUGGACGACAAGCUGGGAAAGCUUGGAAUGGAUUUUGCCGCGCUUUCUUCACAAACUGCUUUUUCGGGGGGUUGGCUUGUCGGGGUUUCUUUUGUUCGUUCUAUUACCGCUGCCAACGCCCCUUACUUUAACAAAAACAAAGAAGAUGACAAGCUUUUU